AUGGACGGAGCCAUCUCUACUUUCCCAAGCGCAAGGAUUGCUGUGGUCACCGGCGGAAACAAAGGUAUUGGGCUAGAGGUGUGCCGGCAGCUGGCCAGGAAUGGCAUCACCGUUGUGUUAACAGCUAGGGACGAGACGAGGGGCGCGGCUGCCGUCGAGGAGCUCAGAGAGCAGGGCCUUUCCGAUGUCAUGUUCCACCAGCUAGACAUCACAGAUGCAUCGAGCAUCGCUAGGCUAGCCGAUUUCUUGAAGACCCGUUUUGGGAGGCUAGACAUUCUGAUAAAUAAUGCUGCAUUUGGUGGCGUGGAAUACGCCCGGGAUCCUGCUGAUGGUUCAGUAACAAGCGAAGAAGAGUUAAGUGGCAUGGAUAGGGAUCAGAGGCUUGAAUGGUUGUGGAGAAAUACCAGGGAGACUUAUGACGCCGCAAAGAAAGGCCUGCAGACAAACUACUACGGCACGAAGCAUGUGAUCGAAGCGUUACUGCCUCUGCUCCAAGCAUCCUCUGAUGGAAUAAUUGUUAACGUCUCUUCCGACUUUGGGCUCCUUAGGCUAAUAAAAAACGAGGAGCUAAAGCAGGAGCUGAACAAAGUGGAGAAGCUCACCGAGGAGAGGCUGGACGAGGUGCUAGCCACGUACCUAAGAGACUUCGAGGCCGGCGAGGUGGAAGCGCGUGGGUGGCCGAUGGGUUUCUCGGCGUACAAGGUGGCCAAAGUGGCCAUGAACGCGUACUCGAGGAUCCUAGCAAGAAGGCACCCCGAACUGCGCAUCAACUGCGCGCACCCUGGCUACGUGAGCACCGACAUGACCAUCCACACUGGACCCCUAACGCCGGAGGAAGGCGCAGGCAACUUGGUAAAGGUGGCGCUGCUGCCGGAAGGCGGGCCGACCGGCGCAUACUUCGCGUUGGGAGAGGAGGCGGCCUUUGUGUGA